CUCAUUUAUCUCUUUCAGCAGCUCUGUUUUGUGCUAUCUAAAGUUUACAAGUUGAGUUUCAAAAUCAUUCAUCUCUAUCUGCAACUCAGUUUUGUGUAAUCUAAAGUUACAAGGCAAGUUUCAACUCAGUAUAACAUUGAUCCAUCAACCCAUUCGGUACCAUCUUUUAACCACUACUUUACUAUUAUUUGAUUCUCUGAAGAUAAUAUUUGAUACUAAUAUCUGUGAGCCAAGGGAUAGUCAACUGAAAGUCUAUGUUGGUGUUGAGCAGGACUCUACCAGCAUCUGAUUCUCUGGAGAAAGUGUUUGCUUUUGCUUCAUAUAUUUAAGGAUAUAUUAGCUUACAGAAAAGGUGAUUCAGAUUUUGCAAAUUUAUGAAGAUCUAAAGCUACCAGGUCAGAAGAAGGUGAAGAGAUUUUACACUAAAGAUCUGAAGUUACAAAGUCAGGUGAAUUUCGUAGAUACAGUUUUCAUGUUUCAAUAUAAUUACUUAAUAAUCUUUGAACAUCAUCUUGAAAACACUUACUUUUGCUGAUGUUUAUCUUUCUGAUUUUACCUUUAUCAACCUCAUGUUUUAUCGAUUUUCGAUUUACUUCAAUAGUUUCAGUAAUUUCGUUUAUUAGGCAAUCUAAUAAAAUUGAAGUGAGGGAAAAGUAAAUCAGUUGGGUGUUGUUAGUUUUGAUUGUGUGUGACGUAUAUUUCACUUGAUACUGUAUAUGUGUAUGGGAGGUGAAGUGGAAUUCUCAUCCGCAGCUUUCAUAUUGGAUGUAUUCUGCUGACACAUAAGGUAUGAAAAUUAACUUUUAUGCUUUUCCAUUAUCUUUAGUUAUGUUGUUUUAAUGGAGCUUAGCAGCUGUAUAUCACUCACUGAUCAGAAAUCUUAUCCCAAUACGUGUAGCAUCAAUAUCUACUGCUGAGUGAACAAAAGUUUCAAGUCUCAAAGUGAGGUGCCUUUUUCUAGGUUGCAACCUUCCAUUCAGCUUGCUUGAGAAUUCUGUGGCGAUAUCUAUCUAGUGAAAUUCUAAGAAGUUAUUGAAGCCAUCUCUUUACUUGAGAAAAUCAUUUAGGUAGUUCAUUAUUUUUCAAGUCAAACUCUUGCUUCUUCAAGAUAAUACUUUUGACGUCAAAUUGUCUCCUUAAGCUAAGGCUAGGACAAGCUGGGAGCUUGUGCUUCAUUGGUUUUCAUUCAAAGUCUGUCAUUUCACAAUUACCUAAAGAGAAAGGAUGGAAAUAGUAGCACCUUGUAUGGAACAUAUUGUAUCGGCGGUUGAAGAAAACUUGUUAGAGUUAACCAAACGUCAUGUUCGUUAUUUGUUUUGUUUCAAGAGCAUUGUCAAAGAUUUUAAAGAUGAAUUUCAAAAUUUGGAAUCAACACGUGACGGUGUGCAACAAGAUGUUGACAGUGCGACAAACAAUACUAAGGUGAUCAAGAAAGAUGUGCACAAGUGGUUAAAAAAAGUGGACGAAGUUGUUAAAGAUGUUCAAAAGUUAGAAGAAGAAAUUGAAGAAAAUAAAGCAAGUCUUGUUGGGCGGUGUCCUAAUUGGGUUUUGCGAUAUCGGUUGAGUAGGAAAGCAGAACAUAAAAGACAUAAUAUGUUAAAGCUACAGGGAAUUGGCAAAUUCGAGAAAGUCUCCCAUCCUGCUACAUUACCAGGGAUUGAAUUUUCGGUCCCUAAGGAUUUUCAACUUUUCAAGUCUGCGGAACCUGCUUUUCAUAAGAUUAUUAAGGAACUAGAAAGUGAUGAAACCCAUCUGGUUGGAUUGUAUGGGAUGGGCGGAGUGGGUAAGACAACCUUGGCAAAAGCAGUGGGUAAGAAAGUCAAAGAAGAGAAAAUUUUUGAUGAGGUUGUGAUAAUUAUUGUAUCCCAAGCUCCAAACUUCAAAAAAAUUCAAGGUGACCUUGCAGAGUCAUUAGAUAUGAAAUUGGAGGAGGAAGGCGAAGAAAGAAGAGCAAAGCAUUUGCAUUUGAGAUUUGUGGAGACUAAAAAGAAGAUCCUCAUUAUCUUAGAUGAUGUUUGGAAAAAAUUUGACUUGAAAUCUAAAAUAGGAUUUCCUUUUGGCGAUGAUCUGAAAGGUUGCAAAAUCCUUCUAACAACUCGUAGCCAAAACGUAUGUAUUCGUAUGAGUUGUCAGCCGCGAGUUCUUUUGAAUGAACUGAAUGAAGAUGAAGGAUUGGCUUUACUUAAAAAGCAUGCAGGUAUAACUGAUGAUGAAUCCCAUCCAUUGAACGAUCUAGCGGUUAAAGUUGCUGAAGAAUGCAAGGGAUUGCCAUUAGCAAUUGUAACUAUUGGGAGUGCUUUAAAAGAAAAAGGCAUUGAUGAAUGGACACUGGUGUUUGAGAAAUUUAAAAAGUCAAAACUUGUAGAUAUACAUAAAGAUAUUGAUGUUGAUGAUGAUGUAUAUGCUAUUCUUAAGGUCAGCUAUGAUUAUUUAGAGAGUAAAGAAACCAAGUUAUGUUUUUUGCUGUGUUCGUUGUUCCCUGAAGAUUAUGAAAUUCCUUUGGAGGAAUUGGUUAGAUAUGGAAUGGGGCUAGGUUUAUUUCCAGAUGUUGACUCAAUUGAACAAGCGAGGAGACAACUGCGAGUAAUGGUUAAUAAGCUCAUAGCUUCUUGUUUGUUGAUAGAUGCUGGUGUAAAAGGAUUUGUGAAAAUGCAUGAUGUGAUUCGUGAUGUUGCCUUGGGAAUAGCAUCCAAAGGAGAUAUUGUAUUUCUUGUUAAAGCUGGCUUGGGAUUGACCGAGUGGCCAAAGGAGGGAAGGCACCUUGGACAACAUACUGCAAUCUCCUUAAUGGACAACGAGAUACACAUGCUUCCUGAUCACUUGGUGUGUCCAAAGCUCGAAACUUUGUUAUUGUCUCGUCAAUAUUGUUAUGAACGUCGCGGCAACAUUGAAGUUUCAAACCAUUUUUUUGAAGAGAUGAAAGCAUUAAAAAAUGUAAGUCUAAGUUAUGUGGUUCUGUCAUUAAAAUCACUGAAGUUCUUGACAGAUCUCAAAACUCUAGAGCUGAUUGAUUGCAAUUUGAGAGACAUUUCUUCUCUCGAACAUCUUGCCAGACUUGAAAUUCUUAGUUUAAGAUAUUCAUGGUUUGAUGAAUUUCCAAAAGAACUUGGGGCCCUCACUGAAUUAAGAUUGCUGGACUUACGUGACUGUAGUGGGUUAAAAAGAAUUCCUUCCAAUGUGAUAUCGAGAUUUUCUCAGCUAGAAGAAUUAUAUGCGGAUGACUACUUUGACGAAAGGGAAGAUGAAGAGACGAGUACAGAAGGAAGCAAUGCUAGUCUCUCUGAGUUGAAUUCUCUAUCCAAUUUGGUUGUACUAUUUCUGAAAAUAAAGGCUAAAUGCCUAUCGGAAGACUUGGGUUUUAUUUGCAACAAAUUGCAAAGGUAUGAUAUUUGUGUGAACAGUACUGAUUCAGAGUUUUAUCAUGUAUCAAAAUCAAGAAGAAGAGCUUUAACAGUGACAAAGAUUGAAGCCGCCUCACUGAUUGCGUUAAAAUAUUUGUAUCAUACCCUAGAAUAUCUUGCAAUCCAAUCUUGCAACAAGCUGGAAGAAAUAUUUCAACUUGAUGGGCUCUGUCAUAACAGGGAAGAAAAUGUUGCAAUGCUUUCAAGUUUAGCAGAGUUAGACUUGAAAGAGUUACCGCAACUGAGAUGUAUAUGGAAAGGGCCAACCCAUAUUGUAAACUUAAAAAGUCUUACAAAGGUUGAAGUGAGAGAGUGCAAAAGUUUGAUUUAUCUCUUCACUUUGUCAGUUGCUCAGAGUUUGGUCCAACUGAAAUCACUCGAAGUAAGUGAUUGUGAGAGUUUGAAACAUUUGAUAGUGACAAAAGAAGGUGAUAAUGACAAGGAGGAGGAAAUAUUACCAGAAUCUCAUCAUGCAGUUGUUGUGCUCCCAAAUUUGGAGAAGUUAAGCAUUCUAAAAUUACCGCAACUGAGGUGUAUAUGGAGUGGGCCCUCUUAUCAUGUAAAGCUCCCAAGUCUCACAGAUGUUGGAGUGAGAGAAUGCAAAACUUUGAUUUAUCUCUUCACUUUGUCAGUUGCUCAAAGUUUGGUCCAACUGAAAUCACUCAAAGUAAGUGAUUGUGAGAGUUUAGAGCAUCUGGUUAUAACAGAAGAGGGUGAUAAUGACGAAAUAUCAUCAGAACACGAUCUUCAAAUCCACAGUCCUUUCUUGUCAAAACUAGAAUCUCUCAAGAUAAAUUCUUGUGAGAGAUUGGAACAUAUUUUUCCUGUCUCUUUUGCAAGAGUACUUGUACAGCUUGAAGAGUUUGCAGUAGAAAAUGCCCCUCAGUUAAAGCAAGUCUUUUAUUUGGAUAAUGGAAGUGAAGAAAAUGUAGUUGCCGGAGAUGGAAAGGAAACUGCAGUCAUCAAGCUCCCUAAGUUGAAAGUACUAAGACUGGAUGGACUUGCAAGCAUGAUUAGUUUCUGCCCAGAAAAUUUUCAUUCAAGUUGGCCAGCUUUGGAAGAUUUCACAAUAGACGAGUGCUCGAAUUUGAGUAUGUCUUUCGUUACCGAAGUUGUAUCUAAAGUACGAGAUCUACAGGAGAAUUUGCGAAUUCUAAGGAUUGGCAGUUGGAAUCAGUUGUACGACACACUUCUUUCUGGACUGAAAGAUGGCUUCUUCAAAAAUUUGGAAGAAUUAAGUAUCAACAGAUGUGGAGUAAAAGUGUUAUUUCCGUUGGAAGACGGAGAGCAACAUACAUUCUCACUCCCUUAUUUGAAGACACUGCAGUUGGAAUAUUUGCCACAACUAGAAGGUUUAUGUAGUAAGAGUCCUACACUUGUUUCAAGCCUAGAGAAUCUUACAACUUUAUAUCUAUACCACUGCGAUAGGCUGAGAAAUAUCUUUUCAGCUUCUCUUGCUCAAAAUCUGUCGCAGUUGCAAGUUCUAAGAAUCUCUGAUUGUGGGGAAUUGGAGGAAAUCAUUGUUGAAGAAGAUGAAGAGAAUCAAAUUCUAUUCUUCCAAAAUCUCUUACAAAUUAUUGUUAGAGGAUGCCCUAAAAUAAGACGUUUGUUUGCUAUCACGGUAGCUCCACGUCUUCAAAAACUGAAAGAGAUAUUUGUAUAUGAUAACUCUGAAUUAGAAGAAGUAUUUGGAGAUAAAGAUGUUGCUGACGUCAUGGAUCACAAAGAAAUCACGCUGCCUCAACUUAAUAGUAUGGUUCUCUACCGAUUAUCAAGUCUCAGCAAGUUCUGCCCAGUGGGUUAUCACUUCAUAUUUCCAUCUUUGAGAAGUGUAUUGAUAAUUAAAGGAUGUCCCAAGAUGAGUACAAGAUUUUCCAUGGGUGAAGACAGAUGUGUGCAUGCCAAAGCAAAGGCAUUUCAAAUUGCAGAGUUCAUCGAUAUCAUUUGCUGGAAUUUUGACGACAUACAAAGAGAGUUACCACUAUACAUAGAAAAUGAUGACCAAAGUAUCAAGCCGAAGGAGGAAGAAAUUAACACUGAAACUUGAAACAUUCUCACGAUUGCUAACCAGUAUUCAAUUACAACAAUCAAUUUCACAAUGUAAAUGAAGUGAAGCAUCCAGAUUUUCUGUCUUGUAAUGCAACAUCUCCCUUGGCUGCCUAAAUUACCGGCUUUGACUCUACUGUCCUAAACAAUCUAGGCCACCACUAUUUUUUUGUGUGGCAUUCCUGAUCAUCGAGAAGCGGGACAGAAGGUUGACAUCAUGGUGACUCCCGUUUCUCUACGACCAAGUGCCAGUUCUAGUUAUCCUCCGUCGCCUUCAGCAUCCUCCCCAUUGCCGCACUUAGUCCUGCUUUCAACACCGCUUCAUCUCUCCAAUGUUUUAAGCUUUUGUAGACUUUGGUUUGCCUUGGCAUUUGUUGCAGCACAUUUUCACAUUUUCCCGAAACUGAAGUUUUUGUGUCUUUUGGGAUUAUUCUCUUCAUAACUUGCGUUAUUUUGUUCUUUUUUUUGUUGACAUUGUUGGUCUUGGAUUUAUGAAGUUUAUGAUGUUUGUAUGCCUCUAGUUUGCACUAGAGAAGACUUUGUAUUCCUAUUUAUGUUGGUGAUAGUAAAAGACUUUAAUCGGA